AAAAUCAUUACUGUUUAUCAAGUUAAGUAAUAUAUGUUUAUCAUUAAUCAUAGUACAUGAUACAGCAUUUGAUGUAGGUCAUUAUUUAGAACAGGAAAUCUAUUUGAUACACAAUAAAUGCAGAAAUGUCAUGCUACAUUGUAAAUUAUGCGGAUACAGCCUAUGCUGAACUUACAACUCGUGGCACGGACUACAACUUUGAUGACAGGAGAGGAACAUGGAAUAUAUGGAAUGCCUCAUUGUUCUUAGAUGGAGCUGAAGAGCUAGUAAUGAAACGUUAUAACUUCAUGUAUUUUAGUAGCCUGAAAUCUUCACAUGUUUCAAGUGUUAUUAUAAAGGAAGUCAUGAAACUCCAUCCAUCGUUGCAUAAUUACACACACAAGUCUGACGUGGAAUUCCGAAUAACUAUAGAAUUGGGAGAGCUUGGACAAACUUCUGCUCCUCUCAUAACAAAACUAUUUGAUGCCAAAUCAGGACUACUUUUGGUGGAAAGGUUCUUAAAACUGGUGUUUAUCGAUAAUGAGACCAGGCGGCCGGUAAACAAUCCUGAAUGGUUUUUGAAUAAGCACUCCCAUAUACAAGGGAUACCGCCUGAAUUGUCCAAAAUGCCAUUGCCAGAACAACCAAUGGAAGUUUACGAAUACAGGACGGUUGUACGAUACAGCGAUCUUGACUCAAAUUAUCAUGCAAACUAUUCUCUUUACGUUAAAUCGUGUAUGGACUGUGUAACAACAGCAAGCAUAGACAAGAAACUGGUUUAUUUCAGUGGUGAUAUGUGCUCAUACCAAGUAACAUUUUUAAGCGUUGAUUUUCUAGGGGAAUGUUUUGUUGGAGAUCAAAUACUUAUAUCGAUGUGGCAACAUUCUGAAAAAGUUAACGAAUUUAUGUUCUAUAUUUAUAAGGAGUCAGAUAAGAAAAAGUUAACUUAUGUUAUAUGUCAGUUCGGGUUAGAAAAGAUGCCCAGCCGAAGUAUGGCUGCUGUCUCUAAAAUGUGAAAAAUUAUAAACAGAUAAUAAGGAAUUUAAAUACUCAUUUUAAAUGAUUUGCCGUCUGAUACAUUCAUUUCUUAAUUUGACGUUUUAAUAUUCGCAUACGCUUAGACUCGGUUAUUCGGUAUUCAUACAUAUAUAUCUGGAUUUCGCGACUUUUCUCUUUUGGAGAAAAUUCAUUGAUCAGAUCGACACGUAUGUUGUUUUUUUUUAAUUUGUAGAUUUCCUACCAUUAUUCGGAGAUUCAGAGACCAUGAUUUACAUGACCAGAAUUGUCAUAUUUUUUUUAUAUAUUAAACUGAUCAGUACAAUUUCUCAU